CAAUGAUUCACUCCUCUUGAGUCGACCUUCCUGCCGGCCGCCGGGAUCAAAUAUAAAACUCAAGUCAGCGUCAGUCUUGAACCGCAGGGACGCCUGUCUGGACUUCACUCUUCACCUUCCCUCAGACCCGAUGCUGGUUUCCCCUGGAUGUGGAAUGGAUCAGAGUCAUGGCUCACAGUAACCAGCGUUCAACUUCCUCCCCUUCUCACGAUGAGGUCAACCUGGGCCCCUCAGCCGACCCUCAUGCCAAGCCAACAGACUUUGACUUCUUGGCUGUCAUUGGGAAAGGAACCUUCGGAAAGGUCCUGCUCGCCAAACUCAAAUCCACCAACAAGUUCUACGCCGUCAAAGUCCUGCAGAAGAAAGUCAUCCUGAAGAAGAAGGAGCAAAAAAACAUCAUGGCGGAGCGAAACGUGCUGCUGAAGAGUCUGAAACACCCGUUCCUGGUCCGCCUGCACUACUCUUUCCAGACCUCAGAGAAGCUCUACUUUGUGCUGGACUAUGUGAAUGGAGGCGAGCUUUUCUUCCACCUGCAGAGGGAGCGCUGCUUCUCUGAGCCCCGGGCUCGGUUCUACAUCGCAGAGGUGGCCAGUGCCAUCGGCUACCUCCACUCCCUCAACAUUGUUUACAGAGAUCUGAAGCCAGAAAACAUUCUCUUGGACUCGCAGGGACAUGUGGUGCUGACAGAUUUUGGCUUAUGCAAAGAAGGAGUGGAGCCAGAGGGAACCACAUCAACCUUCUGUGGGACUCCAGAAUACCUGGCCCCAGAGGUUCUGCGGAAAGAACCGUACGACAGGACGGUGGACUGGUGGUGUCUGGGAGCUGUGCUCUACGAGAUGCUAUACAGUUUGCCUCCGUUCUACAGCCGUGAUGUCGGAGAAAUGUACGAAGGAAUCCUCCACAAACCUCUGCCGCUGCCUCCAGGGAAGUCUGAAGCCGCCGUCUCCUUGUUGGCCGGCCUCCUGCAGAAAGACCAGCACCGGCGACUGGGAGCCAUCGCUGACUUUCUGGAAAUUAAGAACCACACAUUUUUCACUCCCAUCAACUGGGACGACCUUUACCACAAGAGGAUCACCCCGCCCUAUAACCCCAACGUGAGAGGCCCGGCGGACACGCAGCACAUCGACCCCGAAUUCACCAGAGAAAUGGUCCCGAGCUCAGUGAGCCGGACCCCGGAGCUCAACGCUGGUACCAGCGCCGGUAACGCCUUCAAUGGAUUCUCCUUUGUUUCCUCAGAGGACAGUUUUCUGUGACCCACUUUGGAGCUCACUAUUUAGAUCCUGGUGGUCACACUGAGCUUGUGUUGCUCCCAAAGGAUCACAACUGUGGGGAGCUGGUGAUCGGUGGUUCUGAGGUCGGGAUCUUGAGGAGAAACAUGACCUUCAUGUUGCAACAAAGUUCUAAAGUAACAUUAUUUCUACCUGAAUGGUUAAAAUGGUGACACUAUUUGUUUGUCAAGAGUUAGUGAAAACGAUAUGUAUGUACUUUAUGACUGUAAAAUGUUUGAAAAUGUUGAGAAAUUUCCAUGAAGGCAAAAAGAAUGAUUCAUAUUUGAGAUUCAAGAGUUGCGACCUCUACACCGGCUCUCGUAGUCGCGCUCCAAUUCCAUUUUUCCAGUGACCUCUGCAGUGUUUAUCACCUGAGGGAUCUUAUCAAGCGUGAUAAAAGGUGGCGCAGGGUCCGGCUCGCUGCUAUCGCCGGCACAAUGUCUGUGUUUGUGUGUACAUAAGAAGCUUGUUAAUAAA